GCUGUCAAAUGUGAAGAAAAUUGAAUUUUAUAAAAGUUUUAUAAAAGUAACUUAAAUCAACGAAAAUGUCGGCGAUGUUAACAGCCGACUGGUGUUUGCUGGGUAAUAUUGAUACUUAUUAUAGGAAAUUUGAAGUAUACUCAAUGUUUGGAAACCCAGAAAUGAAUUUGGAGAAUGCAUUGAUAGCGGUUGCACCGUUUGGUGGACCAAUUGCUCUAGUUAGAGAUCGGAAUAAAUUUGUUCAAAUUCAUGGUGGUGGAAAGCCAGUAAUUGCUAUUUACUCCGGAUCUGGAAAGCAAAUAUCUUCAGUUGUGUGGAGCAGUGGACUUAUUGUAGCUUUAGGUUGGACCCACAAUGAAUAUUUAUUAUGUAUUCAAGAAGAUGGUAUGGUUUUCGUUUAUGAUAUCUUUGGAAAGUUUCAAGUACAUGUUAGUAUGGGUCAAGAAGCUCGUGAUCAUAAGGUAAUGGAUGCAAAAGUGUUUUAUACACCACAAGGAACUGGUGUAGCUGUUUUGACUUCAAAUUUUAAGAUUAUUUUGGUUAAUGAUAUCAAGGUACCUAAGGUUCGGCAACUUUCCCAACUUCCAGUUUCUCUAACUGGUGCAAUAAAUUGGGAAGUGAUUUUUGAAAAACGUGAUCCAGAAAUAUUAUUGGUUUGUUCUGUUACACCAGAUUUGUAUCGUUUUACUCAAGGUGAUACUAUGGCGUUAGCUCAUGCUAAUCCAACAUCUGAAGGAAAUAUUUUGGAUAUUGCUGUUACUGUUAACAACGAGGGACGAUCUACUGCAGUUGCUUUAUUUACAGACGCUGGUUAUUUAUGGAUUGGAAGUGUAGAUUUACGAACGAAAUAUAGUGAAGUACUUUUGGAUAAGCGUACAGCUCCCAAACAAAUGAUGUGGUGCGGAGGUGAAGCAGUUGUAUGUUAUUGGCCAGGAUUGAUAAUUUUAGUAAGUCGUCAGAGCGAAGGUGAUAAAAUAAGUUUCUCAUAUGAUACACCAUUGUUUUUGGCUCAAGAAUUGGACUGUGUUCGGAUUAUAACAAAUCACCAACAUGAAAUUUUACAAAAAGUCCCUCCAAUUGUUCAAAGAGUUCUUCGUAUCAAUAGUAUUGACCCUGGUAGUUAUUUACUAGAAGCGUCCAAACAUUUCCAGAAAAGAAGUCAUCGAGCCGAUGAAUACAUUGGUUUGAUUAAAGAUAAGCUAGAUGAAGCUGUAACUCAAUGCAUUGAAGCUGCCGGGUAUGAAUUUGAUCCUGAAGUUCAAAAAAUGUUGAUGCGAGCAGCACAAUUUGGAAAAUGUUUUAUAGCUGAUGAAUUUGAUCCAAAUAAUUUUGUUCAAAUGUGUAGAGAACUAAAAGUAUUAAAUACUGUUCGUGAUAGACGGAUUGGCAUACCCCUCACGUACACUGAAAUGCAUGCGCGAAAAUAUCAUAACUUAUUAGAUCGAUUGGUGACUCGAGGAUUUUACUACCAUGCUAUACAAAUAGCAAAACAUCUUCGACUACCCAAUGAAGAAGGUGCGAACAGAAUAUAUGUGCAUUGGGCGUGCUAUAAGGUAACACAAUCUCAAUUAGAAUGGGACGAGAUAGCCCAACAGAUUGCUAAUAAAUUAGGCCACUCACCGGGGAUAUCAUAUAGUGAUAUUGCAAGUAAAGCAGAAGAAUUUGGACGUACAAAAUUGGCAAUCAAGCUAUUAGAUUAUGAACCAAGAGCUCGUAAACAAGUUCCAUUAUUAUUAAAACUAAAAGAAAAUAAACCAGCUUUAUUAAAAGCUAUUGAAAGUGGAGAUACCGAUUUAGUGUACACAGUAAUAUUUCAUAUGCGUGAAAAUACACCAUUGGCUGAUUUUCAAAUGAUUAUUCGAAAUUUUCCAAUGGCUUUGUCAUUAUAUUUGAAAUAUUGUAGAGAUCACAAUCCACAAGCUUUAUUUGAUAUUUAUCACCAAGAAGAUAAUUUUAAUGCUCAAGCCGCAGAAUAUAUUCGAGAAAGUUUUGAACCAAAGAAUGCAUUAAGCCGAGAACCGUCGUUAGCAGCGGCUCAAGAUGCGUAUAAAACUGCUCGAAAUGAUAUCAAUGCUUCAUUAUGUGAAGAAUCUAUUCGAUUAUUACGUCAUCAGAAACAAUUUGAAGAGAAAUUUCCAAGAAAUAAGUUCAUUGGAAAAUCUGUUCAUGAUACUUUGUACCUACUGUUAACUAUUAACGAACUUAAGUUAGCAGAAAAAAUGCGAAAUGAAUACAAAGUACCAGAUCGACGAUAUUGGUGGUUAAGAAUUCAAACACUGGGCGAACAAGGAGAAUGGAGCGAAUUAGAUAAAUUUUCGAAAUCCAAAAAGUCACCUGUUGGUUACGCACCAUUUGUUGAUGUUUGUUUGAAGUAUGAUAAUACUUCGGAAGCCGUUAAAUAUUUACCAAAAGUUCGAGAAGAUUUGAAGAUCAAAUAUUACGUGAAAGCUAAGAAAUUUGAAGAAGCAGCACAAAUCGCUUACGAACAAAAAGAUAGACAAGGUUUAUUAUAUGUACAAUCGAAAUGUGGCAAUAAACCAGCAAUAGUCAGUAAAAUUAAUGUAUAUGUUUCUCAACUACCUAAAUAA